AUUUUUUUUUUUGAGGUCGAAUCCCAAACAUCUCCGUCCCGGAUCCGGGGGCUUCCGACCUCCCUCGGUUUCAGGUCCUCCCUCGGUUUCAGGUCAGAAAAGAUACGGUCCAAAUCUUCGUAGACUUGCUCCUUCUUAAUUCUCUGUUCCCUCGAUUCUUUUUUACCCACUUGAUCUGCGACUCGGAUCUAGGGAUUGAGGUUCUAGGGUUUUUGGAGGACGAGAUUUAGGUUAACAGAAUGUUUAUGGGCGUCGAUCGGCGUUCUUGUUUACGAAGAUGACUAUAGAUAUCGGAGCAGGUUUAAGCUGGGUAGGUUUAUACGCGUGAUCCAUCUCUGGAUUGUUGAAGGCAAUUGAGAAUUUUGUAUCUGUCUUCAAAUCCUCUUUAGAGAUCCAAUUUUGCAGUUGGUUCAUUGUGUGCUUGCAAAUUUUUUCUGGUUCUUUCUAGUCUGAGUUGCUGAUAUGAAGACUCAUGAACGUGCUGCAAAUCUUGCUCUUCUUGGUUUAACCUUUGCGCCACUUGUCCUGAAGGUAGAUCCCAAUUGGAAUGUAAUUUUGACUGCAUGCCUAACUGUUUAUGUGGGUUGCUUUCGGUCUGUCAAACCAACACCACCAUCGGAAACAAUGUCAAAUGAACAUGCCAUGCGCUUUCCUUUUGUUGGGAGUGCAAUGCUCUUAUCAUUGUUUUUGCUUUUCAAAUUUUUCUCAAAAGAUUUGGUGAAUGCUGUUCUUACAUGUUACUUCUUUGUCCUUGGGAUCAUCGCUCUUUCGGCAACAUUGUUACCUUCGAUAAAGCGUUUUCUUCCGAAAUGUUGGAAUGAAGACCUCAUUGUUUGGCAGGCUCCGUACUUCCAUUCUGCUUCAGUGGAGUUCACCAGGUCUCAGAUUGUUGCCUCAAUUCCAGGAACCUUUUUCUGUGCGUGGUAUGCUUCACAAAAGCAUUGGCUUGCGAACAAUAUUUUGGGGAUUUCAUUCUGCAUUCAGGGAAUUGAAAUGCUAUCAUUGGGUUCUUUUAAAACUGGUGCCAUUCUCUUGGCUGGACUGUUUGUGUAUGAUAUCUUCUGGGUGUUCUUUACUCCUGUGAUGGUUAGUGUUGCUAAAUCUUUUGAUGCUCCCAUAAAGCUUCUAUUCCCAACUUCUGAUUCAGCACGGCCUUUUUCGAUGCUUGGACUUGGUGAUAUUGUGAUUCCUGGGAUUUUUGUAGCAUUGGCAUUGCGCUUUGACGUAUCAAGAGGAGAACAAAAGCGCUAUUUUAAUAGUGCAUUUUUUGGAUACACACUUGGUUUGGUGGUUACUAUUGUUGUAAUGAAUUGGUUUCAAGCUGCACAGCCUGCUCUUCUUUAUAUUGUACCUGGUGUUAUUGGAUCUGUGGCUGUUCACUGCCUGUGGAAGGGAGAAGUAAAGCCGCUGCUGGAGUAUGAUGAAUCAAAGCCAGCGACGGUCAGCAGUUCAUCAGAAGAUGGAGAUGCUAAACUCAACAAGAAAGUGGAGUAGUGGCUAAUGCAGUGGACUGCAGAACCUUUCUGAUACAUGACUUGCCAUUGCUAACUCCUUGGAACUAUGGCUGGAAGAAUUGCUCCCCAUAGCUUUUGGAAAGCUUUUAUACAAUACAAAAAAAAUUUAGAGCUUAGAAAUUUGGUGCCUCAUUUUAGAUGUUUAUGUUUAACUUUUCCUUUAUCUUUGGAUGAUGUUUUCUUCCAGAGUCUCUUUCUAAAUUCAUUUUCCAUUUUAUGUUCACCUUGGCCCGUCAAGCUAUCAGAGCUGAUAGGGAGGCUGUUCGGCUUCCUCCAAGCGACUUGAUUAUUUGGUUCUGGGACGUUUGUUAACAGAUCAAAAUGGGCAAAGGGCCACAAUAAUUUUCAAGUUAGACCAUCCUUACUAGUUUACAGCACAGUUGUGAUACUUUUUAUAGAAAAUGGCGAGUUAA